CUUGCACAUCUUUCGACUUUGCAAACCUUUUGACCACCAAAUCAUGGUGAUUAAUGACAAUGAUUCUAUAGGUCCUGCUGGCAGAACCUCAAGUUUUGGUUACUGGUAUUUGAUUGUACCAGCCCCUAUCCACAGAUAUGGAGAGUCUCGAAGCGAUCACUCGUCCUCGCGAUCCUGCUGAAGGAACUGUUGAUGAUGGCUCUUCUAGGGCCCCAUCAGUUGCUGAUCAGAGCUUGGCGAAUUCGCUAGUAGGGUUGAAUAUAGGGAGUACCGAUACGUCGUUCAAAUCCACUUCUAGCACCAAACUCCCCGAAGAGCAUGUGGACCGGAAGUUCACCGACCAAGAAGACGCCCCAACCCCACCAACCAGGGUCCUCUCUCCCUACGCCCCAGUACCGUACAACCCGCCGUCCGCAGCUGCGAUAAGUGACGAUGGAGGUGAUGAGGAUGAGGAGCCGUGUAUCGCAACGUCCUUCGAGCGAGACUCUACCCCUACGUCGGCGCAGAAACAGAGGUCAAUCUUUUUCGACACCGGGGAAGAAGGUAUCAACCAUAUGCAUAAGUUUUCAUUGUACGAGACCGCAACACGGUUCUAUAUGGUUGGGAUGGACUUGUCAGAUACCCGCUUCAGGAUUUUGAAAAUCGAUCGCACUACCGAGACAGGGGACCUAAACGUCGCUGAAGAUGAUAUUGUGUACUCCAAGAGAGAAAUGAGUGAAUUGUUAGAUGCUAUCAACGAUGGCAAUAAAAUAUCAGGUGGCCUGAAGCUCAGGUGUAGCGCAUGGGCUAUGUUGGGAUUUAUUAAAUUCACUGGGACAUACUAUAUGCUUCUUGUGACUAAGAGGAGUCAGGUUGCUAUGCUCGGUGGUCACUACAUAUACCAGGUCGAUGGGACAGAGCUUAUCUCUCUGACCAGCUCGAGCACGUCACGUCUGAGACCGGAAAAGAAUACAGAAGAGGCGAGGUAUAUCGCUAUCCUGAACAACCUUGAUCUAACUCGCUCCUUCUAUUUCAGCUAUUCUUACGACAUCACCCACACAUUGCAGCGCAAUAUUUGUCGGGAACGCAAAGCUCAUCAAGAUGGCUGCCCAAAGCCUUUCCAACAAGACUACAACACAAUGUUCAUAUGGAACCACCACCUUCUUAGCCCCGCACUUGCGAAUUUGAAGAACCCUUACGAAUGGUGCCUACCGAUCAUUCAUGGCUACGUUGAGCAAGCGAAGAUGUCUGUGUACGGGCGCUUGGUAUACAUCACUAUCAUCGCUCGACGCUCCCGAUUCUUUGCAGGAGCGCGUUUCCUGAAGCGAGGUGCCAAUGAUCUGGGUUAUGUUGCCAACGACGUCGAGACUGAGCAGAUUGUGUCUGAGAUGACAACAACAUCGUUCCACUCCGCUGGCCCCGACCUUUAUGCAAACCCUCUCUAUACUUCAUAUGUUCAGCACCGAGGGAGUAUUCCUCUCUACUGGACACAGGAGAACUCAGGCGUAUCUCCAAAGCCCGAUAUUGAAUUGAACCUGGUCGACCCCUUCUACUCCGCCGCAGCUUUGCAUUUUGAUAACCUGUUUGAGAGAUAUGGAGCCCCGAUCUAUGUUCUGAACUUGAUAAAGUCCAGGGAGCGCACCCCACGAGAGUCAAAGCUCCUCAAAGAAUAUACUAAUGCCAUAGACUAUCUCAACCAAUUCUUACCGGAGGACAAAAAGCUCAUCUACAAGCCCUGGGAUAUGAGUCGCGCAGCAAAAAGCCGUGAUCAGGAUGUGAUAGGGACUCUUGAGGAGAUUGCAGGCGAGAUAAUCCCGAAAACCGGAUUUUUCAAGAACGGGCAUGAUGUAGAAUCUGGCCUAAGACUCCAAAACGGUAUCGCGCGGACAAACUGUAUCGAUUGCCUUGAUCGUACCAAUGCUGCGCAAUUUGUGAUCGGAAAACGAGCCUUUGGUCACCAGCUCCAUGCGCUCGGAAUAAUCCAAGGCACUACGGUGGAAUAUGACACUGACGCUGUCAACCUAUUUACUGACAUGUGGCAUGAUCAUGGUGAUACCAUUGCAAUUCAGUAUGGUGGCUCACAUUUAGUCAAUACGAUGGCUACGUAUCGGAAGAUCAACCAAUGGACCAGCCAUUCACGAGAUAUGGUGGAAAGCUUCAAGAGGUACUACAACAACUCGUUUCUCGACGCACAACGACAAGAAGCGUACAAUCUCUUCCUUGGUAACUAUAUCUUUUCGCAGGGUCAACCAAUGCUGUGGGAUCUAUCCACCGAUUACUAUUUGCACCAUGCCAAUCCAAGGUCCUGGUCAAACAAGCCACGACCCAAUUAUAUACAAUGGUAUACACCUGAUAAUCUGAAGGAGAAAGAGCUGCCACCGCCACCAUGUCCGCCUAGGGAGCCUCUAUCGCGGUAUGAUGAUCACUGGCUCGAAUAUUACAGGCCAUUGGCUGUCUCAUCUUUUUCAAAAAUCUUCUCGUACAAGAUGAAUUCUACCCUUCGCUAUCUACCUUUUCGUCCGUCAUCCGGAGCGGUUUAUGAUCUCAGCCCAUUCGUUGUUCGCAUCCCGAAUGAGCAGGUAAACCGGGACCGUCAACACCAACGGAGUGUCAAGAUCCAGGAACCGGAUUACGUCAGAGAUCGUCCAGAAAGGUCACACUUCGGAGAUACCACUACCACCUCGAACUGGCAUCUCUCUGUCGACAGAAGAAAUCUCUCCGCUUUCGGGACCUCCCAAACCGGCAAUUACACUCAGCGCUCCACACCUAGCAAAGCGCAAAUCUCCCAGUGGACAUUGGGACAGUUGGUGUCUGACUCGUUGAACCCAUCGGUCACAUCCGCGGAAGCUGAGGAGUAUGAGCGGUAUAUCAACCAUCCGUUGAAGGUACCUCUCGUUAUAACAUCCGAGGACGAGCUUGCAGCAACUUCUAUUCGUGAACAGGAAUCAAAUCUAGAUCUAAUCGAGUACGUCAACAAAUGCAACGUCCAAGAGUCUGCUCUCGAAGCCACCGCGGAGGAAAACAUGGCGGACUACGCCGAGUUCUUGAAUGUAUCCGAUGACGGACUGACAGUUGUAGCGGAGGACCAUGAAAAGAAGCGGUACAAGCGCUAUCGGCAGUGGUUGAGAGGCAAGAGUCUAUUCAAGCAACGGGUUGACAUUUGAUCAUUCCAAGUAUUUCACUUCACCACGAUUCAUGAGUAAUAACUUAAUACCGCGAUUCCGAUACCCACGUGCGUCAUGUAUAUAUUAGCG